AUCCGGUACAGUUCAUGACAGUUGAGUAUAGCGUACGGCGCAAAUGGUUGCGUAUUUAAUUGGCUGAAGACCUCGGCACUAUAUUCUGCAAAGUAUUAUUGUAAUAAUUUUCUACUAUCUCCGCGCGAUCAUCGAUUCUAAACAGAUAAGAUAAAAACAUGAUUGCGAUAAUAUAUCCGAGCAUCUGCCGAUGUCAAAAGUACGUCCGUAACGAUGCUAAGCGAAACAGUUAAAAUCGUAUGCUAUCGAUUGAGGGUCUGAUUGGUUAAGCCAGUGUUUAAUGCAAGUAUGGCCGCCCUGCCGUCACCUACGCAGGUGGCUGGAAGCCAUACCGCGAUAUAUGAAGCUUAUUACAAUCAGGUUGAUCCAAAUGGACAGGGACGAAUUGAAGCAAUGGAUGCUGCAAGAUUUCUUAAGAAAUCCCAGCUGAGUGAUGUUAUUUUAAGUAAAAUAUGGGAUAUGGCUGAUCCACAGUCACGUGGAAGCUUGGAUAAGUCUGGCCUUUUUGUCGCUCUGAAGUUGUGCGCACUGGCACAGAGUGGAAAAGAUUUAAAUAUGUCUAACUUAAAUCUUGAAUUACCGCCACCAAAAAUGGGAGAAAUCCCAGUUAUUCCUCAGAAGACUAUUACUAACGCUCUGCCUGUAAUAACAUCCAUAAACAAUGGAGAUUGGUCGAUUAAUCCUACAGAACGGGCAAAAUAUGAUCAGCUUUUUGAUAGCUUACAACCAUCCAAUGGAUAUAUAUCUGGGAAUAAAGUGAAAGGUGUUCUUAUGGAUAGCAAACUUCCUUUGGAUACUCUUGGGAAGAUCUGGGAUUUGGCAGAUAUGGACAAAGAUGGUAUGCUGGACAGACAUGAAUUUGUAGUUGCCAUGCAUCUUGUAUAUAAAGCAUUGGAAAAAUAUGCAAUACCAAGUGUACUUCCACCAGAAUUAAUGCCACCUGGUAAAAGAAAAGAUAUUGUUAUGCCUAAGCCGAAAUCCCCUGUACCAAUGGGCAUGGCAUCAGCAAUAUUGGCAUCAUCGUCAUCGCAACCACCGCCAAUCCCACCCUUGCCGAACACAACGGCUGUGAAGAGCUUGACUGGGUUAGACGUAAAAAUGACUACGCAAGUGCAGUGGGUAGUCUCAGUCGAGGAUCAAAUAGCCGCGGAGAAAUUAUUUUUACAAGCUGACAUGGACAUGGAUGGAUUUGUCUCGGGUUUGGAAAUCAAAGACGUCUUCCUUCAAAGUGGACUUCCACACACUGUAUUAGCUCAUAUUUGGAGUUUAUGUGAUACUUGUCAAAGCGGAAAACUGAAUAAGGAACAAUUCGCUAUAGCUAUGUGGCUUAUUAAACAGACACUCAAUGGUAUAGAUCCUCCGGCAAAUUUAACUCCAGAAAUGGUACCACCUUCAAUGCGGAAAGUUGGAGAAACUAUUGUGGAAAACAAUAACAUAUCAGGUUAUUCAAAUCCAGAACUGGAUAUGAUAAGCAAAGACAUAGCAGAACUUGUGCGCGAAAGGCAAAGCAUGGAGCAGGAUAUAGCGCAGAAAGAAGCAGACAUAAAAAUAAAGAAUGGAGAAAUUAAGAGCCUUCAAAGUGAGUUAGACACGCUUGCGGCAACCUUGAAACAACUUGGGAAUCAAAAGGGUGAGGCGCAGAAGAGAUUAAAUGACUUAAAGGCACAGAAGGCUGAAAUAGAUAGAGAUUUGAGUGAAGUCGAAGAGAAGAUUUGGGAGGAACUGAAGAAGGUUGAUAAGCUCCGUCAGCAAGCUGAAGAACAAGAGUCAGUACUGCGGACUCAGGAAGAGGAGCUGAAUCUUAAGAGGCAGGAACUCGAAGGUCUACGACAGGAAGAGCAACAUUUGGAGCAACAACAGAAUAAGAAUAGGGACCAACUAAACGAACUCACCAAAAAGCUACAGGACACUCAAUUGGAAAUCUGUCAAGCAAAGGCAAAGAUUACUCAUCUACAGGAGCAGCAACGUCAAAUGAGCGACUCCAUUGCGCUUUAUGAUUCUGCGCUAGACGCGGGCGAUGUCGCUCUUGUACCUGAUACUAGUCUACGGUUUAUAGAGAUUACCGAGAUUGUGGAUAUAGAAUAUAAAUCGCCAACAAAGAAUGCGGACGAAGUAAAGGAGAUAAAAACUGAUGCCUUUUCCGAAGCAACCGCUACUAACGUUUUAGAUGGAUUCGGAGAACAAGAUCCUUUCGCGACUAGUAAAGCCAAAGAAGUAUUCAGCGCACCAUCAUCUGAUCCGUUUGGAAGUGCAUUUUCUGUGCAGCCAUCUAACGAAAGUUUCGGAGCAGACCCUUUCACCGCGUUUGACAAUACUAAUGCAACGGCAAAGCAGGAUCCUUUCGAUCCAUUUGACAAUGGAAAGCAUGCCGACAAGUUAUCUACAACUGCGACGUCGAAUACGAAGGAUCCAUUCGGGGAUGAUCCAUUCUCGAAUCUCCACGCUCCUCCGCGCCCAGAAAGCCCCAGUCCUGCUCUUCCGCCGAAGAAAGCGAAGCAACCACCGCCACGACCUGCUCCACCACGACCCAGUCAAGGUCCAACUGGUCCAUUAAGAGCUGCCCCUGCUCCUCCAACGCCUUCGCCUACUCCGGAUCCGUUUACGAAUGCAAACUCCGAUCCAUUUAGUGCUCAACAAACAACGAUUGACAACAAUAACAUCAAUAGUUUCACAUCUUCCACCGGAUUCGCUGAUUUCACCAAUUUUGAUUCAAAGCCGGAACCAACGCCUAAUCGAACGACUCUGCCAGCAAGAGCGACGAGUAGGAGUCACGUAGUACUGACGCAACCUAAGCUGUCGGACUUCACGGAGGAUCCCUUUCGCGACUAUCGUUACGAGGAUCCUUUUAACAUAACGGACCCGUUCGCUGAAGAUGAAACUGAGGACGCAAAUGCAAACAAGAGCAGUGAUGGUGCGGACAAAACGGAUCCCUUCGGCUUUGGGACAAUUUCUGCUUUUUCCGGUAAAAAUUCUUUGGCCAAAGCUUCCGAUAGCGAUUUCUCAAACACAUUUCCGCUCGUCAAGACGAAGAUCGAGAAAAGCGCUGCAACGGCGAACAAGUUCGAUGCCGACUUCGGGAAAGCGUUCGCUGUCGAUAACAGGAACGCUCAAAUCAUCGAGACCGACUUCUCGAACGCGUUCGCUAACGUAAAAGCAAAAACGUUCGAUCUCGAUGAAGCGUUUUCAGCUAAAGGCGCGAAAACUGUCACGAAGCACGAGUUGGACGUUUCGAAAAUAAAAACCGCCUAUAACGACGGGAAGCUUGCGAAUGAUUUCGGCAAGAUGUGGAACGGUAAUAAUGUGACCGAUCUGUCGGAGGAAGAACAAUUAGCUUGGGCGGAGAAACAGAGUUUAAAAACGGAACAGGAAAGACUCAGGCGUAAGGAGAAGGAGGACGCCGAUCUGGCUCUCGCUAUCGAGCUCAGUAGGCAAGGGAAAAUGGAAAAUGUUUGAGUAUUUCGCUCGAUGAUGUUGUAUUUUCUUUUUUUUUUUCUAUGUUGAUAUAUUAUACGUAUAUCACCAUGAUAUUGUAAAUUUUUGUUAAGUUGCGUUUUGUGUCUCGUAAUAAUGGCAUUGUGUAAAAGCUUACGCUGUUACGUAUUAGCACGUAUAGACGCGUAGAGGCAUCAGAAAGAGUUAUCGGAUUGACAAUAACGUUGAGUACAGAUUUUAAGAGUAUUCAAAGGACGAAAAAGAAGUACGCGUUAUUACGGAUGUUUUCUCGGUUGAAUAUAGUUAAACGUAGUAUCUUCACUUAAAUUUCGUAUCUGCCGGUGUUUCCGCGAGUAGUAGCUGCAAAAAAUCGACAAAUGUAUCUCGCACUUUUUCUCAAUUUUGUCUUCAUUCUUUUUGUUUCUUUGUUUUUCUCUUCGCGAUUGAAAGGCGAUGAAUCAUGAUUUGCGUUCAUUUCACGUUCACCUACGAACGUAUCCAGUAUUCCAGUGUGUCAUGCGAUUAUAAAUACACGAACGAUAAUAAAUAGAAAUAUAAUAUGAGAACAAAGUUCAUGUUGUAAGAGUUAUUCAAUUAUUAAAGCACAAUAACAUAAAUAUCAUCAUUAAAUAAAUGCAUUGUUAUUAAUAUGUAUAAAUACUAUUAUAAUAUUGGUAAUUAUUUAUGAAAGGUUAUUUCAUGAGUUACUUUAAUUUUCAUACAUAUGUUAUACAUGAUGGAAUUCUGAAUCAUCUGUACUUCGAAUCACGUAAAGGUUGUAUGUACGGCACUGGAAUCUGAAAAAGUUUUUUCGAAAAAGCCGUUUAUUUAAGUCAAUAUUAAACAUAUAAAAAAUGCUAUUAUAUACAUUGAGAGGGUUCUUUCCGAACCCUUCUAAUCAAUAUAGACAACGUAUAUUGACAUAGAUCAAGCUCAUUGGAGGUGAAUCCUUUUCUCGAUAUCCAUUCAUCAUAUAACGUACUCAGAAAUUAGCCCAUAUAAACAAAAAAAACAAAGAAUUUGGAAUAGUAGCAGCGAUAAACAAUUGAGGAAAAUAUCAAGUGUAAAAUUGAAACAUUUUAAAACGAUAUAUCUCAGAAAUUAUUACAUGCAACCCUCACAUAAUUCAGAGUAUAGAUGGCUCAGGAUUACAUUUUAUAAUAUACAUCAAAAUUAAGGUGAUCCGUGAAGUAUAAUUUUUUGUAAAUAACUACCUAGUAGUCGAAAAAAAAUGUGAGAUUUCAAUUGAUAUUUGUCGCUGAUCAUUUAUUCGUCAUUCGGCGUAUGAAAGCUUAGAAACACAAGCUGUUGAUAGCUUCGUCUAAACGAGAAAAAAACAGAAAAAAAAGAAUAAAACGAGCACAUACGCGCGCAUGUAAUAUAAUAGUGUGUGUAUAAUAAACACACAUACACACGCGCGCGCGCACACACAUUGUCGAUGAAUCUUUCAAAGUGUCGAGGUAAUGAUAUCCGCGAUAAUGCCGUCUAAUUCUAAUUCAGCCUUCGGUCUUUAGAACGUUCCAAAGAAUACGGUGUUCGGAGACGGCGUAUUUCUGUGCUUGGCAAGAAGGUUCUGUGCUUUAAUGAUAGAACUUGAAAAACCAAACACAAAAAAUCACGCCUAUCUUAACUAAUGCGUUAUAGUAUCGUAUAAUUUCGACAACGACGUUAUAUUUCAUAUAAUGUAUAUACAUAUAUGCUCUAAAUAUAUUAUAAAUCUCGCGAUAAUUCUUGUUAUUGUAAGUUUCUAAUUACACGUCACAAUGUUUAGUUAUAUAAGAUAGUUACGUACACUGUGCGAGAGCGUGUGCUGCUACAAAGUGUCAUUAAUAAUGUUGGUGCGAAAAAAAGACGACCUCUCGUAUAUCUAUGUAUUUCUAUUUGAUUUACGUUUCUAUCACAAUUUUUAUUUGAAUUUUAUUUUACCGUUUAGGCGUGUAACGCUUAAAGUAUGUGUGUAUAAAUUGCAUGUGCGUAUGCACGUGCGUGCGUGCGUGCGUGCGUGCGUGCGUGCGUGCGUGCGUGUAUGUGAUUUAUAGAUAUACGUGCAGAGGAUUUCACUGAAAUAAAUGUAUUUUAAAAAGGGA